AUGAUUGACAUCAACCCUGUCCUGGUCGUCCGCGUGUUUCAAGGAAUCCUGGCCUUCAUCGCAAUGGCCACCGGAGCCACCAUCGCCAACGAAUUCAACAUCAUCCGACCAGACGUCGACGUGCCACCGGCCAUCAUCUUCUUCAUCUUCACCUCAGUCUUCACACUGCUGCUGUCAGUUCCAUAUACGAUUAUAGCGCCGCGAUAUUUCCCCAUCGCCGCCCACCCAUAUGCCAUGCUAUCAGCCGAAGCCAUCACUUCAAUUCUCUGGCUCAGCGGCUUUGCUGUGGUUGCUGAUUUGUUGCGAAAAGGUGAUAUCGUCCCUGGUGGUCGGCCGGCUGCAAGAGGUAGUGUCGUGGUUGGAGUUUUUGAAUUCAUUCUAUAUACCGGCACCGCCUUUUUUGCCUUUUCACACAUCUUCCUGGAAGGUCGUUACGCCGGAAAUCGAAGAAAGAAUAAUAACUGUAUCUCCAAACCGCAGAUGCAUCGGUCCUGGACUGGGGCUGAAGUCGUGUGA